CAAUGUGAAUGCGCAGCAUGGGGCGGCGAACGAAACAAACGAAAAGGAAGAACAGACGACAAGAAAGGGUCUUGUUUUGCAAUUUUUAAAGAAAUCUAGCUAAAAUGGUUGUCGGGGCAUUUCCCGUCGUCAAGCUUGGGGCGCUGCUCAUGAAGCAGCUGAGCAAACCUAUAGCGAAUCUUGCCAAAGAAAGAGCUAAGAAUAACUAUUUCUUUAGGACAUACAUCUGCAUGCCCCCUGCACAGUUCUACAAUUGGUGUGAAAUUAAGACCAAAAUGUGGGUAAUGAAUUUAGGGAAAACUUCUAAAGUCCCCCAACUCAACGAAGCAAUGGCCAUUGAACUUGGAGCCAAUAUGCUUGGAGAAACCAUUGUCUUUAGCAUAGCAGCUGGCAUAUUGUUCUUUGAAUAUUCUAGACAGGCUACUAAGGAGUAUGCUAAGGAGAAGGCUCGUCAAGAAGAAUUAAGUCAACUUAACUACACUAUUCAGCAAAUGUAUUUUACGGUUGAAAGACAAGACACUCAAAUACGAGAGCUACUUCAGUCUGUGUCAGAGCUCGAGAAGAAACAUUCAUUUUUGCCUCGCAGGAAGAAAGACAAUGAACCCCAGCCGCCUCCUCCCCCUGUACCACCCUUGAUCCUCCCUGCCACUCCACUAGUUACGGGACCUCCCAAAGGGGCUCCCAGCCAAGAGCAGCAAUCUGCCGGUGUUGAUGCUGCCAAAGGGUCUCAAACAAAGUUAGCAGCACAUCAAAACACCUCUGUGAUAUCAGGAGCCAUGACAAUACUAGAACAAGAAUUUUUACCAGAAAUGCCGGCUAGAUAUGAAAAUGGACUUGUUAUGAAAGCAGUAGAAUAUGCUCAGAACGAACUUCUAAGGCAUCACAAUAAUGUCUCUCAAAUAGCUUAUUAACUUGAGUGUGAAACAUGGAGGCUGCUUUGCCAAAAGAUGCCCCUGAUUGCCUUUAUGUGAGUGAGUGAAGAACCUGGACUUUUUAGACACUCUGGUGGUCUGAAAGAAUGAUUCCAGGACCUGACCCUUCACUGAAAAAUAAGACACCUAAAGAAUUCUCUAUUUUUUAUGUGACAGUAAAGCACUCCAAAGGGAUUCACACCACUGGCAUUGUUGUGGUAACAAAACAUUGAUGCAUGAGAUCUCUGUGGAACUGGCUUUGUAGUUUUGUAAAAUUACUAUCAAAUUUUGUUGCCAGUAUCUUAAAUUUUAUUUUAGUGGUUGCACCAUUAUUCUAAUACCCUCUAACUGAAUGCAAUGUGGUUUUGUGUGGAAGAUAGAAAAUCUGAGGUCUUUGACAAGUCUUAUUUUCUCUUAUGUAAAAGUUGUCAUUGUUGUACUUCAACUCGAGCAAUUCUUCACGUUUAUCAGUCAUCUAACUUUGCAAGUUCAACAUUCAUAUGAAUGGUGAUAGAGAGUGGAGCACAAAAUAGUUGUGCCAAUUGAUUUGUUCAGCAGAGCCUUUGUCUUGUAAUGAUUGAUUUGUGAUAUUAUUUUAUUUUGUAAUAUAUAUUGUACAUAGUGUCAA